AUGUGGUUCAGACGUGCCGGGGUCGCCGUCAGGACUGUCAUGGGAUGUAGUCGUUGACCCGGUGGGCCGUUUACUUGGUUCUACAAAGACAUUAUUCCGCUUAAUGCUUCAAAAUCAAUGCCUCGCCUACGUCGCCGGAUCUGAAGGAGCUGAAUUCGCUGACUACAGAACACGAGUGCUGAAUGUCAACUCAUUAAUCCGUGCACAGAAGAUGCAAGGAUACUGGGAAACUUGA